UACUGUGUCCCUUCCUAUAGCUCCCGUGAAACUAUUGAGUGCUUUGAUCGGUUCCCCCCAUAAGCCAUAGGUCCAAAUCCAAUGGCCACCAUAUCCCCCAAGUUAGCCACCGGCAUUCUCCACAUCCCAUCUCACCCCCACCCCCACCCCCACCACCGCAAACCACCUUCCCUCUUCCCUACAGCCACCAAUAACUUCAGUUCAUUCACAGCCAACAGUAGUAGUAGCAGCAUUAGAAGUAGCAAUGCUAAGGUGAACAGGCUAACAUGCAAGGCUACAGAGGUUUCAGUGGCGGAGGGGUCGUCGGCGUCGGGCGGAGGGGAUAAUGGGAAGUUCAAUUGGGUGCCAGUGGUUCCGCUGUCAGCACUGCCGAAAGGAGAGAGACGUGUAAUUAUACAAGAUGGUGAAACUAUACUGUUGCUUUGGUAUAAAGAUGAUGUUUUUGCUAUUGAGAAUCGUUCCCCUGCUGAAGGUGCUUAUAGUGAAGGCCUCCUUAAUGCCAAGCUCACUCAGGUCACCUCUCAUUUUCUUUCCUUUGUCUAA